UACAGACAGGACCACUACAGACCACUACAGACAGGACCACUACAGACAGGACCACUAAAGACAGGACCACUAUAGACAGGACCACUACAGACAGGACCACUACAGACAGGACCACUACAGACAGGACCACUAUAGACCACUAUAGACAGGACCACUAUAGACAGGACCACUAUAGACCACUACAGACAGGACCACUAUAGACAGGACCACUACAAACAGGACCACUACAGACAGGACCACUACAGACAGGACCACUAUAGACAGGACCACUAAAGACAUCUAUAGACAGGACCACUAAAGACAGGACCACUAAAGACAGGACCACUAAAGACAUCUAUAGACAGGACCACUAUAAACAGGACCACUAUAGACCACUACAGACAGGACCACUAUAGGCAGGACCACUAAAGACAUCUAUAGACAGGACCACUAAAGACAGGACCACUAAAGACAGGACCACUAAAGACAGGACCACUAAAGACCUCUAUAGACAGGACCACUAAAGACAGGACCUCUAUAGACAGGACCUCUAUAGACAGGACCACUACAGACAGGACCACUAAAGACAGGACCACUAUAGACCACUACAGACAGGACCACUACAGACAGGACCACUAAAGACAGGACCACUAUAGACCACUAUAGACAGGACCACUACAGACAGGACCACUACAGACAGGACCACUACAGACCACUACAGACAGGACCACUACAGACAGGACCACUAAAGACAGGACCACUAUAGACAGGACCACUACAGACAGGACCACUACAGACAGGACCACUACAGACAGGACCACUAUAGACCACUAUAGACAGGACCACUAUAGACAGGACCACUAUAGACCACUACAGACAGGACCACUAUAGACAGGACCACUACAAACAGGACCACUACAGACAGGACCACUAUAGACAGGACCACUAAAGACAUCUAUAGACAGGACCACUAUAAACAGGACCACUAUAGACCACUACAGACAGGACCACUAUAGGCAGGACCACUAAAGACAUCUAUAGACAGGACCACUAAAGACAGGACCACUAAAGACAGGACCACUAAAGACCUCUAUAGACAGGACCACUAAAGACAGGACCUCUAUAGACAGGACCUCUAUAGACAGGACCACUACAGACAGGACCACUAAAGACAUCUAUAGACAGGACCACUAAAGACAUCUAUAGACAGGACCACUACAGACAGGACCACUAAAGACCUCUAUAGACAGGACCACGACAGACAGGACCACUAAAGACCUAUAUAGACAGGACCACUACAGACAGGACCACUAAAGACCUCUAUAGACAGGACCACUAAAGACAUCUAUAGACAGGACCACUAAAGACAGGACCACUAUAGACAGGACCACUAAAGACCUCUAUAGACAGGACCACGACAGACAGGACCACUAAAGACCUCUAUAGACAGGACCACUAAAGACCUCUAUAGACAGGACCACUACAGACAGGACCACUAAAGACAUCUAUAGACAGGACCACUAAAGACAGGACCACUAAAGACCUAUAUAGACAGGACCACUACAGACAGGACCACUACAGACAGGACCACUAAAGACCUCUAUAGACAGGACCACUAAAGACCUCUAUAGACAGGACCACUAAAGACAUCUAUAGACAGGACCACUACAGACCUCUAUAGACAGGACCACUAAAGACCUCUAUAGACAGGACCACUAAAGACCUCUAUAGACAGGACCACUAAAGACCUCUAUAGACAGGACCACUAAAGACCUCUAUAGACAGGACCACGAAAGACCUCUAUAGACAGGACCACUAAAGACAGGACCACUAAAGACAUCUAUAGACAGGACCACUACAAGACAUGACCAUUUUGACCAUUAUAGACAGGACCACUAUAGACAGGAACAGGGUCAGUCUUAGUAUACUACUGAUACUACUACUACAACUGCUACUACACUGCUGCUACUACCACCACCACCACCACCACCACCACCACCACCACCACCACGACUACUACUACUACUACUACUACUACUGAUACUACUACCACCACAACUGCUUCUGAUACUACUACUACCACUACUACUACUACUGAUACUACUACUACUACUGAUACUACUACUACAACUAACCCUAACCUCCCUCUCCUGAAACACACUGUGUUGCAUUACAUAUCUGAAAUAUGCUGUAUAAAUAAAGCUUGAUUUGAAGAAGCCAUUUCAGGCUAUAUUAUCUUGUGGAAGUAUUUUAUCUUGUCAAACUAUAUUAUCUUGUCGAGCUAUAUUAUCUUGUGGAAGUAUAUUAUCUUGUCUAACUAUUAUCUUGUGGAAGUAUUUUAUCUUGUCUAACUAUAUUAUCUUGUGGAAGUAUUUGAUCUUGUCUAACUAUAUUAUCUUGUGGAAGUAUUUGAACUUGUCUAACCAUAUUAUCUUGUCGAAGUAUUUUAUCUUGUCUAACUAUAUUAUCUUGUCUAACCAUAUUAUCUUGUCGAAGUAUUUUAUCUUGUCUAACUAUAUUAUCUUGUGGAAGUAUUUUAUCUUGUCUAACUAUAUUAUCUUGUCUAACCAUAUUAUCUUGUCUAACUAUAUUAUCUUGUCUAACCAUAUUAUCUUGUCGAAGUAUUUUAUCUUGUCUAACUAUAUUAUCUUGUGGAAGUAUUUUAUCUUGUCUAACUAUAUUAUCUUGUCUAACUAUAUUAUCUUGUGGAAGUAUUUUAUCUUGUCUAACCAUAUUAUCUUGUCUAACUAUAUUAUCUUGUCUAACUAUAUUAUCUUGUGGAAGUAUUUGAUCUUGUCUAACUAUUUCAUCUUGUCUCACUAUAUUAUCUUGUCUAACCAUAUUAUCUUGUGGAAGUAUUUGAUCUUGUCUAACUAUUUCAUCUUGUCUCACUAUAUUAUCUUGUCUAACUAUAUUAUCUUGUGGAAGUAUUUGAUCUUGUCUAACUAUUUUAUCUUGUCUAACUAUAUUAUCUUGUCUAACCAUAUUAUCUUGUCUAACUAUAUUAUCUUGUGGAAGUAUUUUAACUUGUCGAACUAUAUUAUCUUGUCUAACCAUAUUAUCUUGUCUAACUCUAUUAUCUUGUGGAAGUAUUUGAUCUUGUCCAACUAUAUUAUCUUGUGGAAGUAUUUUAUCUUGUCUAACUAUUUCAUCUUGUCUCACUAUAUUAUCUUGUCUAACCAUAUUAUCUUGUGGAAGUAUUUGAUCUUGUCUAACUAUUUCAUCUUGUCUCACUAUAUUAUCUUGUCUAACUAUAUUAUCUUGUGGAAGUAUUUGAUCUUGUCUAACUAUUUUAUCUUGUCUAACUAUAUUAUCUUGUCUAACCAUAUUAUCUUGUCUAACUCUAUUAUCUUGUGGAAGUAUUUGAUCUUGUCCAACUAUAUUAUCUUGUGGAAGUAUUUUAUCUUGUCUAACUCUAUUAUCUUGUGGAAGUAUUUUAUCUUGUCUAACUAUAUUAUCUUGUGGAAGUAUUUGAUCUUGUCUAACUAUAUUAUCUUGUCUAACCAUAUUAUCUUGUCUAACUAUAUUAUCUUGUCUAACUAUAUUAUCUUGUGGAUGUAUUUUAUCUUGUCUAACUAUAAUAUCUUGUGGAAGUAUUUGAUCUUGUCUAACUAUAUUAUCUUGUCUAACUAUAUUAUCUUGUGGAAGUAUUUGAUCUUGUCUAACUAUAAUAUCUUGUGGAAGUAUUUGAUCUUGUCUAACUAUAUUAUCUUGUCUAACCAUAUUAUCUUGUCUAACUAUAUUAUCUUGUCUAACUAUAUUAUCUUGUGGAUGUAUUUUAUCUUGUCUAACUAUAUUAUCUUGUGGAAGUAUUUGAUCUUGUCUAACUAUAUUAUCUUGUCUAACUAUAUUAUCUUGUGGAAGUAUUUUAUCUUGUCUAACUAUAUUAUCUUGUCUAACCAUAUUAUCUUGUCUAACUAUAUUAUCUUGUGGAAGUAUUUGAUCUUGUCCAACUAUAUUAUCUUGUGGAAGUAUUUUAUCUUGUCUAACUAUAUUACAUUGUGGAAGUAUUUUAUCUUGUCUAACUAUAUUAUCUUGUCUAACCAUAUUAUCUUGUCUAACUAUAUUAUCUUGUCUAACUAUAUUAUCCUGUGGAAGUAUUUUAUCUUGUCCAACUAUAUUAUCUUGUGGAAGUAUUUUAUCUUGUCUAACUAUAUUAUCUUGUGGAAGUAUUUUAUCUUGUCUAACUAUAUUAUCUUGUCUAACUCUAUUAUCUUGUCUAACUCUAUUAUCUUGUCUAACUCUAUUAUCUUGUGGAAGUAUUUUAUCUUGUCUAACUAUAUUAUCUUGUGGAAGUAUUUUAUCUUGUCUAACUAUAUUAUCUUGUCUAACCAUAUUAUCUUGUCUAACUAUAUUAUCUUGUGGAAGUAUUUUAUCUUGUCCAACUAUAUUAUCUUGUGGAAGUACUUUAUCUUGUCUAACUAUAUUAUCUUGUGGAAGUAUUUUAUCUUGUCUAACUCUAUUAUCUUGUCUAACUCUAUUAUCUUGUGGAAGUAUUUUAUCUUGUCUAACUAUAUUAUCUUGUGGAAGUAUUUUAUCUUGUCUAAGUAUAUUAUCUUGUCGAAAUAUAUUAUCUUGUGGAAGUAUAUUAUCUUGUCUAACUAUAUUAUCUUGUGGAAGUAUAUUAUCUUGUCUAAAUAUAUUAUCUUGUCUAACUAUUAUCUUGUGGAAGUAUUUUAUCUUGUCUAACUAUAUUAUCUUGUGGAAGUAUUUUAUCUUGUCUAAGUAUAUUAUCUUGUCGAAAUAUAUUAUCUUGUGGAAGUAUAUUAUCUUGUCUAACUAUAUUAUCUUGUGGAAGUAUAUUAUCUUGUCUAAAUAUAUUAUCUUGUCUAACUCUAUUAUCUUGUGGAAGUAUUUUAUCUUGUCUAACUAUAUUAUCUUGUGGAAGUAUUUUAUCUUGUCUAAGUAUAUUAUCUUGUCGAAAUAUAUUAUCUUGUGGAAGUAUAUUAUCUUGUCUAACUAUAUUAUCUUGUGGAAGUAUAUUAUCUUGUCUAAAUAUAUUAUCUUGUCUAACUCUAUUAUCUUGUGGAAGUAUAUUAUCUUGUCUAACUCUAUUAUGUUGUGGAAGUAUUUUAUCUUGUCUAACUAUAUUAUCUUGUCUAACUAUUAUCUUGUGGAAGUAUAUUAUCUUGUCUAACUCUAUUAUCUUGUGGAAGUAUUUUAUCUUGUCUAACUAUAUUAUCUUGUCUAACUAUUAUCUUGUGGAAGUAUUUUGUCUUGUCUAACUCUAUUAUCUUGUGGAAGUAUUUUAUCUUGUCUAACUCUAUUAUCUUGUCUAAAUCUAUUAUCUUGUGGAAGUAUUUUAUCUCGUCUAACUCUAUUAUCUCGUGGAAGUAUUUUAUCUUGUCUAACUAUAUUAUCUUGUGGAAGUAUUUUAUCUUGUCUAACUCUAUUAUCUUGUCUAAAUCUAUUAUCUUGUGGAAGUAUUUUAUCUUGUCUAAAUCUAUUAUCUUGUGGAAGUAUAUUAUCUUGUCUAACUCUAUUAUCUCGUGGAAGUAUUUUACCCGACACGCCUGCUGGCCAGGUUGGUGGACUUUAGAAAAACAAGCAACAGGUGAAUGUAGUGAACAAGACUCCCAUCCCAUUCAGUGUUUUUUACCCAGAUUGGAGCAGAGAUGCAGAGGGGCGUGUUGCUUGUAAACCAGAACCACACGCCAGGAGGAUACAGACAGCUCAAGAGGUGUUUUUGACUGAUCCAACUUAAGGACAGGGGCGACCGUCCCCCCCCCAGCCAUCCUCACUGAUCCAACUUAAGGACAGGGCGACCGUCCCCCCCC